GGAAGGGAAGAAAGGAAUGCGUGGAUCAGCAGCAGCAGGACAGGAAACGAUGAAAGGAGCAAGGUUCGAGCAUCCAUCCAUCGACAGGUCCAUGCCACCGAUUGAUCGAUCGAAUGUUCGAGAGUGACUUCCCGUCGGCGGUUCGCGCGUUCUCAAUCUGCGAUUUGCUCCGCGCUUCUUCUUCUUCUUCUCUCUGUGUGUGUCUUUGUGUGCGUGUGUCUGUUUGAGUGUCCCUCUCUUCGGCGAAUCGACCGCGUGCCACGCGUGCAGGAGGAAGGGAGCGCAGAAGCGAUGCUCCGAGCGAUGAUCGGAGCAUCGAUGCCGUUGAGAAUGUGAACAAUUUCCCUCCGAGGACGAUUGGAGGUUGAGCGGAGACGGAACAAAAGGCAGGCAAGGCAGGGACUGCGACACAGGGAAGCAGAACAGGAAGGGAGGCUUUGUCGGGAGGGAGGAUUGAUGGAAUUUGCGAUUCUUGAUCGAGUUUGUGAAAGCACGAGGGUAUGGAUCGAGGAACGAGAAGAGGUCGUCGUUGAAGGCAGUCAAGAACAAUCGGAGAGGAAGGGACUUCGGGAAAGGGAAAGUUCUCAAGUUUGACCUUACACAGAGCAUCGGAACAGAUUUUUAGUUGUGAGGAGGAACACAAAGGCAUUGACAGAGAUCACAUCGCCGAGAGCAAUCAUGGGGAAGUGCUUAGGUCUGGUGAGCUUGGAAAGCGUGUGGGCAGAUAUCAUCCUCUUAUUACCGGCGCUCCUCUUCCUAAUCUUUCUUAUCUCUCGGGUUCAGUCUAGUGUGAGAAAAUUGGUGCACAGCAAGUCUCAUAUUAUGGGCACAUAUUACUCCUUUUUAUGGAUUAUUGCUAUCCUCAACCUCUGCUGGUGUGUGCUUCAGAUUCGACAAGCAAAACCACAUCAACAAGCCACCGCCUGGAAUGUGAUGUCGCUGGUUACUCGAUUUGGCAUGGUUUUACUAGAAGUGAGCGUGGUAGUAUUUUUGUCUCAGGGCUACCUGAUUAGUGGCUGGGAUGCCCUUCUGCGCACGCUGUUGUUCUCCGGUGUAUUUGCUGCCUUGGAUGCCAUUGUUAAGGCAGUUUACAUUUUUGGGCUGGGAAUUCCCCUGCUUGUGAACGAAGACGAUGGUGGAGAUUGGCGGAAGUGGGGUUUCUGGCUUGUCCACACCCUUCUCUUUAUUGGAGUCUAUCUCCUAAUCCUCAUCCUGCCCUAUACGAAAUGGCGUGAUCAUUUACCUGCCCGUCCAUCAUUUUACCGAUACGUGUUCAUACUAUUUGUUCUCAAUAGCAUAACUGGUCUCGGAAGUUUCCUUCUGGGUCUCGGUGCCGACUUCGGACUUUGUAUAUAUGCCUUCACCAGCUUUGCGUAUUACGCUUUCUACCCACCUUUGUUGUACAUGACAUUUCUUGCGGACUUCUUCAGGGAAGAAGACCUGCAGAUGGAGGAUGUUUAUUAUUCUGAGAUGAAAGAUGCUGGAUAUUUUGAUGCUGAUUGGGAGUAGGUGUUUGGUCCGAAACCUUCCAGCCAGCCUACAGAUAGUAAACACUUUCAUCAAGACUAAAGUUAUCUCUAGUUACGCUGGAGCUUUGAGACUUGACCAAGCGUUAUGAACGGAUAGGAUAUAUCAGCAGGUCACAUUGGUCCCAGAACUACUCUAUACACGGCUGACACCUCCAGACCAAAGGAAGGGUGAAAAGACUAUUUUCAGUUCGAAAUCACUCACACUUCGCCCAUCGUAUAUAUAGAAGCAAAAUUGAGCAAGCGUUCUGUGGACAUGUAGAAAUAGCACCAACGUUGCGCUCUGGAUUUAAGGGGUUCCCUGGAGCCGAAGCUGUUCAAAGUUUGGUAUGGUCUCCUUAGUCGCCUUCAAGGCAUCCCGGAUUAUUACCUGUCGGGAUUUCACAGGAGUCCUGCUCUCGGUUGUCAACAGUAGAGAGGGAAUGCAAAAACGACGAGUCAUGUCCUGUGAUGUGGAAAAUGCAUGACUCUCCUUGCGUAGGAUGCAUCCCACUCAGCCUGUGGGAUAAAAUUUUCAUGCUUACAUAAUGUUCAGAAAAUCAGUGCGGGUCAGAGGUUUUUCCUCUUGACCUUCCGCUUUACGGCUGCAAGCUCAACGGAUCGUUCUCCGAUUGUGGAAUCAGGCAAGGGUUUUGUGAGUCUUAUCUUCAAGGAACGUGUGCAUUUUAUUAAGAUUGAGGGUCUUCAUGUGAUUAUGAGUUAUCUCAUACCUCUUGCGAUCGUCAACUCUAUCAUACCUCAAGAUUUUCAACUCUUUCAUUAGGUACCAUUUGUUGAGAUCCAUGUAUUCUACCUUACUCUACCUGGGUGAUAAAUAUUCAUCAGUUAAGUGGGAAAGUUUUAAAUCUUA